AUGGCGUGUUUGACGGGCAUGACAUUCACAAGCAGAGCGGAUGCACCGUGCCGUCCUGAAGCCAACAGCGUUACCCCCACAGGCGACAGGGCCGGCUUGGUUUUGUUGGCCUGUGGAGGCCCACAUCGGCUUGUCGCUCAUAAACUACUAGUUUUUACUGUAGCAACUAAAGAAACCGAUGGCUUUCACCGUUUCAUGCGAACUGCAAAGCACUUCAACUACACAGUCAAGGUAUUUGGAAAAGGUGAAGAAUGGAAAGGUGGUGAGCUGCCUAACUCUAUUGGCGGAGGGCAGAAAGUUCGCCUGCUGAAGGAAGGCAUAGAAAGCUAUGCUGAUCAAGAGGACUUGGUUAUAAUGUUUGUUGAAUGCUAUGAUGUUAUCUUUGCAGGGGGCCCUGAAGAACUGCUAAAGAAAUUUCAGGAAACUAAUCAUAAAGUGGUGUUUGCAGCAGAUGGACUAAUUUGGCCAGAUAAAAGGCUAGCUGACAAGUAUCCUGUUGUCCGGAGUGGAAAACGAUUCCUGAACUCAGGAGGAUUUAUUGGUUAUGCUCCAUAUAUAAAUCGGAUUGUGCAGCAAUGGAAUCUGCAGGAUAAUGAUGAUGACCAGCUGUUUUACACCAAAAUCUAUGUUGACCCAUUGGCAAGGGAACGCAUUAACAUUACUUUGGACCACAAAUGUACAAUUUUCCAGACCCUGAAUGGAGCUGUUGAUGAAGUCCUUCUGAAAUUUGAAGAAAGAAAAGUAAGAGCAAGGAAUUCAGUGUAUGACACAUUACCGAUCACCAUUCAUGGAAAUGGUCCAACUAAAAUUCACUUGAAUUAUUUGGGAAACUAUAUCCCAAAUGCUUGGACACGGGAAACUGGUUGCAGUAUUUGUGAUUUAGACUUACUAGACCUGUCAACAGUAACGGACAAAGAAUAUCCAAGAGUAAAAAUUGGUGUUUUCAUUGAACAACCCACUCCUUUCCUACCUAAAUUUUUAGACAGAUUGUUGACUCUGGACUACCCAAAGGAGGCACUCAGUAUCUUCAUUCACAAUAAUGAGGUUUACCAUGAAAAGCACAUCAAGAAAUUCUGGGAAAAAGCCAAGAACGUUAUCAGAAAUAUAAAAAUUGUUGGACCUGAAGAAAAUCUGAGUCAAGCAGAAGCACGGAACAUGGGAAUGGACCUUUGUCGCCAGGAUAAAGCAUGUGAAUAUUACUUCAGCAUAGAUGCAGAUGUCGUGCUGACAAACCCAAAAACUUUAAGAAUACUGAUAGAAGAGAACAGAAAGAUAAUUGCUCCGCUCGUAACUCGUCAUGGGAAGCUUUGGUCCAAUUUCUGGGGUGCUUUGAGCCCAGAUGGCUAUUAUGCUCGAUCAGAAGAUUAUGUUGAUAUUGUCCAAGGGAACAGAGUGGGAGUAUGGAAUAUCCCUUAUAUGGCUAAUAUAUACUUAAUCAAGGGACAAACUCUCAGAUCGGAGAUGAAAGAAAAGAACUACUUUACUUUACAAAGGGAAAAAGACUCCCCUUCUUCGGAAACAUUCCAUAUGCUCAGACCCCCAAAGGGUGUUUUCAUGUACAUUACCAACAGACAUGAAUUCGGAAGACUUAUUUCUACGGCCAAUUACAAUACCUCCCACUACAACAACGACCUCUGGCAGAUAUUUGAAAAUCCAGUGGACUGGAAGGAAACCUAUAUAAAUCCCAACUACUCAAAGAUCUUCACUGAUAAUAUAGUAGAACAGCCAUGUCCAGAUGUGUUUUGGUUUCCCAUUUUUUCUGACACCGCCUGUGAUGAAUUGGUAGAAGAAAUGGAACAUUUUGGACAAUGGUCUGGUGGAAAACACCAAGACAGCCGUAUUUCUGGAGGUUAUGAAAAUGUCCCAACUGAUGAUAUUCAUAUGAAGCAAAUCGGACUGGAUAAUGAAUGGCUGCAUUUCAUAAGAGAGUUCAUUGCACCAGUAACGCUAAAAGUGUUUGCUGGCUAUUAUACUAAGGGGUAUGCUUUAUUGAAUUUUGUUGUAAAAUAUAGUCCUGACAGACAACGGGCACUCAGACCUCAUCAUGACUCCUCUACAUUCACAAUCAACAUCGCUCUCAACAAAGUAGGAGAGGACUUUCAAGGAGGUGGAUGUAAAUUUCUUAGGUACAACUGCUCCAUUGAGUCUCCCAGGAAAGGAUGGAGUUUCAUGCACCCAGGAAGACUUACUCACUUACAUGAAGGACUCCCUAUCUUGAAUGGCACAAGAUACAUUGCAGUAUCAUUUAUUGAUCCUUAAUUUUAUUUUUUUAAUUUUUUUUUUGCCCUCUUCAGCAGUGUUUGAUUCUUUACAUAAACAUUUAUUUAUAGAUUUCUUCUGGAAGAUGGUGAUAAAAGAAACUUUAAGUUACUGUUCCUAGACAGCAAAGUUACUUUGGGCUAAAAGAAGGAAAAAAAAGAAAAUGUUCUAAAAUUGUUGAAGAUUUCUCAAUAUCUGCUCUGAGCCUUUAGUCAUAAAGUAAACAUGUCCUGCUUAUUUUUCCAUUCUGCUGUCUUAAAAAGUAGGUAAGGAGGAAAAAUGGAAAAGCAUUUUGUAAUUAAUCCAUUUCUUUGUGGAAAAAACCCCAAACAACCCUACAUACAAAGUUAUCUGAAAAAUUUAUUGUGGUUUUCAUUCAGUAAAGUGACACAGCUAAAGCUUUUGUGGUGUGUGUAUAUUCGGUACCAACCAGUUAGAAAACACAGCAUAAAAACAAAAUCAAGUGGAUCUUGUAUACAGUUGUUGGGGAUAAGCAAUAAUUCCAUAUGCUAGUAUAUAUUGAAGGGAAAACAUCUCAGCAGUCUGUUUUCUUAAUUCAUUUUCAAUACUGAAAUGUACACCUUAGAAGAAAAAAUAAAUUUGUUGUGAAUACGGAGCAAGGAUUUAAUAAUUUAGCUAAGAAAAAAUGGUUUAUCAUUUGUUUUAAAAGCUCAUCCUGUUGAAAAUUUACUUUUCUUCACCAAGUGACCUUCAUUUAAAAUGAGUUAUUUUUCUAAAUGUGUAACUGCACCCAAUUGAUACUGGAAAUUUGAUGUUUAUUUUCAGAACGCUGGUAAAUUUUCAUAAUAGGAUGUUUUAUAAAGACGGUUUUCUACUUUUAAAAUUACUUGAAUUUUGUGUCAGGAAAAUGAAAUUGUGACAGUCUGUCUUUUAAAGCUAAAGGUCUUAACUUGCCUUUUAUUUUAAAGAAAUCAGUUUAAAAUAUUCCUACUGUAUCUACUGUUUGUAAUUUAAAGAAACUUGAAGCAAACUAUCUCAAAGUCUACCGUGCCAAAAUGCACAACGUGUUGGAAAAACUUGUGAAAAAUAAAGGGUAAUUUUAAAUUAA